GCUGUGAGGCUGCUGCUCUCUGCACACAAGCGAUGGACUGCCUUCACUGACGGCUCUGACUCCACCAGCUCCUCAGUGUUUGGGAUCAUGUCGAAAUCCACCCUGGAAGUUCACCAGCAGAUCCUCCUGGCUGUGGGUCUGGCUGUGUCCUGCUACUGCCUGGUUCUGGCUUGCAUCCUACUCUGUCGGCGACGGAGAAGCGCGUCAUCCAAGGACAAAGAGGCGGUUUUCCUGCCCUCUCAUCCUCUGGAGCAGGUGACCGUGACGCUGACCCCUCCCUCGUGCGCCCACACAGUCAAGCAGCAGUAUGAGGAGUUGGACGGUGAUGUGCUGGAGUUUCCCUCCUCCAAGAGCAGCUCUUCUCCGUCUGAAGAUGACCUGACUGCCCUGCCCUUUGACCCCUGCCCAGCGGGCUCAGCAGAGCUGGUGCAGCGACGCCUCAGUUCCCCUGCUGUUCCCUACUCUCCUAAAAAGCCCUCGCACCACGGUCGAGCAUCGCUGCCGUCGCUCACCAAGCUGAACCUGGUGUCCAAGUCUCGGAGGGCCAUCGGCCGGCGCAGCACUGUGAGCGGUGACAGUCUUCUGUACACGGAGAGCAGCCGACUGACCUCCAGAGAGCCCACCCAGGCGGGAGAGUCCAGUCCAGCACAGUACGGCUCUGCUUCCACUCAGAGUCCCAUGCUUCACUUCUCCCUGGUGUUCUCUGCAAGUGGCACCCUGGUGGUCAACAUCCUGGGGCUCUCCGGGGCCGGUCGAAGGCGCAGCCGAGUGUUUGUCCGUGCCAGCCUGCCUCCCAUCUGCCCCUCCCCUCAGCAGAUCGUCUCCCGACGUCGCAGUUUCAGCCCGGACCUCCAGAGCCAGAGCUUUGUGCUGCAGGUGGGCUCCAUGGAGGAGCUGAGACCCUGCACUCUGACCCUGGCUGUCUACAGCAGAGACUUCUCAGGGCUUAGGGAGGUCGCACUCGGAGUGGUGGAGGUCUCCUGCCAGCAUUUAGACUGGGAGCUGGACACCACAAUCACAUGCUCAAGGCUGCUCACCUCCACCAAGACCAAGCUGAAAAAGAGCGUCAGCUCCCAGGAAACAUUGAGUCACAGGAAGAGCUCGGUCAGUGUGCCGCGAGCUUUGGGCCAGCUCUUCGUCCUGCUCCAGUACCAGAUGGCGGCCCAGCGGAUCAAGGUGAUGGUGAGGAAGGCUGAGAAUCUGCCCAAGCUCACGCGGAUCCCUGGAGCGCCAGAUCAUUAUGUCGUCAUCAACUUGCGGCAGGAUGGAAAAGUCAUCGCUACUAAGGAGACUAAAGGCGCCGGAGGUCCGAACCCAGUCUGGAACGCCCCCUUCCUGUUCGACCUGCCACCCGGUGACAUCGCUCAGCUGCCGAUGCUGCUGGAGUUCAUCGUCAUGCAGGGCCGUCUCUACACCAAGAGCAGCAUUCUGGGUCGCGUGCUGAUCGGCAGCGAUGCCGCAGAGGCGGGGCGGGGCCACUGGAAGGAGAUGUGCAGUCGCGGCCAAAUGGAAACGGCUCGAUGGCACAACAUCCAGUCAGAAGUGUGAAAAGACUAACAACCCGCCAGAGAAACAAGUGACCUGAUCCUGAAAAACAUGUGUUUAGUCAAAGUUCUGCUGAAGUUCUGCCGCACUGAGAGGUCCAGCCCGGGUCAGCCACUGUGUAACAGUCACCGCCUCCAUUGCCUUUGUGGACGAUUUCUAUUGAUCUGGUCGUUCUGAUGUCGUGCUGAUAACUUGUGUUGCUGUGAUGUGUUGUGCCAUGUGUUUGGGAGACAUGUUUACACCACCCACUCUACAAGCCAAAAACCCAUCAUCAUGACUCGACCGUAGAUGACUUUGGUUCUCAUAAACAGUAGACGUGACAGAGCUCACAGGAGGAUAAGAUUUAUAAACCGGAGUCUGUGUCAAUCAUCCGGUUAUGAACUGAUGCCAAGAGACUGCAGUGCGAUUAUCUUCCGUUCAUUCCUGUAAUGGGUCUGAGGCGGCUGGAUCCCAGCUAUAUACGGUGAAGUGUGGGACACCCUGGACAGGUUCCCAGUCCAUCACAUGACACCCGUCUCUCACACGCUUCACUCAUCGAUGUUUUAGUGCCUGGAGGAGUGUCACUGAAGAAAAUUCCGCUCAACUCUGGGUUGGAUCAAACCAAGCUGAAUUAGAACCUGUGAGGUGAGGGAGAGACCUUGUCAUGUCAUUAUACUGUGGCAACAGUCCAUUAAUCGAGCUGGUAUGUAUUUUCUUUCUACUUGAACAUUCAUUUCAUGUAAAUACCUGGGUGCAAUCCUGAAUGAAAAACAAAGCUUUCAUUUGCUCGAAUCGUUCGGCAAAAAUAUAGUCUAUAUUUAAAAAUUGGUAAUAAUAAAACUUAAUUUAAUCUAUAUAUCUAUAUAUUCAUGGGAUCUAUUUUUACAUUCUGAGACAGUUUCUGCCCCAGCAACGUCCUCAGUGACUUAAAUACCGACUUGACCUGACUGGAAAAUUGUUUUAUAUUUGUGAUGCUGUUGUGAACUAUUUAUAUAUUUGUCAUGCCAAUGAGAUGUGAAAUAAAUUUGGGGUGGGGGGGGUAGUUUGUGAAUUUGUAACUCGGCUGAUGUAUGUGGGAAUGUGAAUUAAACGCA